GUAGUAGCAGCAGUAGUAACAGCAGUAGUAGCAGUAGUAAUAGUAGUAGUAGUAGCAGUAGUAGUAGUAGUACUAGCAGUAGUAAUAGUAGUAGUAGUAAUAGUAGUAGUAAUAGCAGUAGUAAUUCCAGGUAACACUUUAUUUAAACUCUAGAGACUGUUGUGUAUGAAAAUCCCAAGAGAUCAGCAGUUUCUGAAACCGGCCCAUCUAGCAACAGCAUCCACACCACAGUCAAAGUCACAGAAAUCACAUCUUUUCUUCUUUGAUGUGAACAUUAACUGAAGCUCUUGACCUUUAUCUGCAUGAUUGUGCUGUUAGAUGACUGCAUUUUUUAUUAGGUGUACUUGUAGUAGGAACAUUGUAUUCAGGGUAUUGGUUCUCAAGACUGGAGUUGAGAACCCCUCACAUAAAGAGGCCUGAGUGCCUUACAAUCCUAAAAUGACCACUUUAGGAUUCUAUGGGUGAAAAUAUAGCAUGGGAUUAGAAAAAGAUUUUCCCUAGUACACUGUAACAAAAAAAAAGGAUUAAAAGUGUCUAUUCAUGACAAUUAUUCAUUCAUUCAUCUUCAGUAAACUAAGCCGGAAGUUAUCCCAUUGGAUCCAGGGCCUAUCGCAGGAACAGUGUGUACAGGACAGGCUUAAACCCUGGAUCAGAGGCCAGAGCACAAUACACACACAUUCACACACUCAUUCACACCUAGGGACAGUUCAGAGUAUCCAAUCCACUUACAUAAAUGUUUUAUGGGAAGUGGAAGGAAAAAGCAAAAAUCCCAGAAGAAACCCCCCCACACAUGGGGAGAACAUGUGAAGAUCCACAUAGACAGUAACCUAAGCUCUGGAUCAAACUGGGAACCCUGGAACUGUGAGCUGGAGCAGUGUUACCUGCUGUAACACUGUGCCAACAAAACAAUGAUGGCAACAUUAACACAAUCACUGUUAUUAAUUCUACUUAAGUUUGUGUUUGUUUGUUUAAUAUCCAUUAUCUGUGUUUAAUCACCAUGAAAAGAUUUUAUUUAUUUUUGUGUUUAUUUAUUUAUUUUUCCAGUAUAAUAGAUUGGCUAGACCUAAACAGACCGACAAAGAAAAGUGCAGUGUAGGAGUUUCCAGAGUAACCUCUUCCAAACUGGCCCAAAUAAAAAAAUCAAUCUAGAUGAAUAUGUCAUGUCACCCCCUGAUGUGCAGCCAAUCUCUGUCAACCAAACCCUUCCUGCAUAAUAUUAUGAAGGUCUUAUUCUUUAGCGGGUUUUUUUUUUUUCAUUGCUUUUCACACCUGUGAAAGAAGACAUUGGGUUUUCAGCUACCGGCAUCCGUUGUUUUUGUGAGUAUAAAUCUUGCUUCGUGAAUGAUUACUUGUAUAUAAUUUUGGUCUCACUGUAUUAGUAUACGAUGGGUUUGGCUUUUUUCCAACUUCACCAUUCUCCCUUUUUCAUUUCAGAAGGCAUUUGUACUAUGCACAGUUCAAUCUUGUAGAAAAUGAUUUUAUAUUUUUUCCUCCUGCUGUGCACAUCUGUUGGUAAGUAGACUUAGAUAUUAGGUUUCACUGUUAAAUAUAUACAAGUUCAGUUAUUAUAGGUAUUUUAUUACAUGUAGGCGAAGAGACUGGUGUCUUCGUAGUGAAUAAUGAUUUUAUUUAUUGUUGUUUUUUGUGGGGGGUUUACUCCAGAUUGUUUAUACAGUGAAGAGGAGGUUUGGCAGGAGCCACUAACAAUUGCUGAGGAUGGAGGCAGUGUUAAGCUAACGUGUCUAUAUACAAAACAGCGAACGACCACAAUUAUAUGGCUCAGACAAAAGCUUGGAGAGAAGCCAUAUGUAGUUGCUACAUCAUAUCAGCUUCAACCUGCACAGUAUUAUAACGUAUUUGAAAAGAACGUCCGCUUUAAUGCAAGCAUCAGCCCUUCCAGUUUUAAUCUGAGCAUCUCAAACAUAAAACUAUCAGACUCAGCCACUUACUACUGCGCUGUCACGUUUCUUUAUGAAAUAACAUUCGGACAAGGCACCGUUCUAAUCGUGAAAGAUCAGUCAUUAAAAAAACGAACACAUGUCCAGCAGGAAAAGGUUGAGAUGGUUGAGCCAGGAGACUCUGUGACUCAGUGUACGGUCGUCACUGAUCGCUGUGCAGGAGAUCACAAUGUGCACUGGUUCAGACACGGCUCAGGAGACUCUCAAUCAGGAAUCAUUUACACUCAAGGACAAAGCAGUGGUCAGUGUGAGAAGAGCUUCAAUGCUAGUUCUCCUUCACAGACGUGUGUUUACAGCCUUCCCAAGAACCUCAGGGUCUCUGAUGCUGGAACGUACUACUGUGCUGUGGUUGCAUGUGGAGAGAUACUGUUUGGGAAUGGAGCUAAGCUGAAUAUCAAAGAUGCGCAUUUUCAGAUUGAGGUUUUAGUCCUUCUCUCCAUCAUAAGAUCAGCUGUGCUUCUCUUCAUUUUAAUUAUUUGUCUACUCUGUACCUAUAUAGGUCAUUAACCAAAGGACUUUUCCUUCAGCCUGUAUUUGUAAAGCUGUAUGACUAUGCUUAUGAUUAUUUACAAAUCAUUGUAAGGUUAAGUUGACUUCUUUGCUUGUAUUUUCUCAAUUGUAAGUUGCUUUGGAUAAAAGCGUCUGCUAAAUGAAUAAAUGUAAAUGUAAAUGUAAGUUUGUUUUCCUUUUCUCAUAAUCUCAUUUAAUAUUUACUAAGGAAAAAAAAAUCAUGCUGUAAUUUAAAUGAUUGAUACAUGUUUUAUUCAUCAUUCAUCAAGAAUGAAGUAUUAUAUACUUUAUCUUUUAGAAAAAAAACAUCAACAUAAACCUGAUUACUGCAAGUAUUAAAUGAUGUUGUACACAUUUAUGCUAACUAUUAAUGACAACCUUUACACAGUAGAGUUUAAAUGUCAUAAAAAUACCUAACAAAUCACCAAAUUGCUAAGAAUUACAUGCAGAGUUGUAAUGGCUUAUAAAUCCGACCAUCAAAGAAAAUUUUACCAGCCUAUAACUCCUAUAAUAUGUUAUGAUGGAAGGUAAAUUAUUUUUUCAAUUUGUUUUUGUAAAUAAGCUGAAAUGUUUUGAAAAUCAAGCUUAAAUAUUUGAAGAAUUGAGAUGAAAUAUUUAAAGAGUUAUGCUGAAAUAUUGUAAGAAUUAAGCUGAAAUAUUUGUGAAUACAUUUAUAACCCACUUCAUAUAUGUUUUUCUGCUGAUUUUUCA